GAUGCAUAAUUUAUGUCAGUUACAAAAUUUAAAUCUGGAUUUUAUAACAAGAAAAACUGGCAGCCCCAGCAGUGUUUUACUCGUGUUUCAAAUAUACAAAAAAUAGAACGGCAUCGUUGACCAGUUUUAAAUUUGACAGAAGAACUGGUCGAAUAAAUAAAACUAGAAUGGCUUGCUGGGGAUACGUUUGUCUCAGUUUCAGUUAUAUUAUAGAACACCCAUAUGAAUCUCGCAGCUGCUGAAUUUGCUCUAACUGUUCAUUUAUAAUAGUUUCUCUUCUAUUCAGGUCAAAGCUUUUUUCGUUUCUAACAGACAAAAGUUUGAACGGAAGACAUAAUAAUGGAUCAAGGCACCGAGGUAGUUAGCAAUCAUUUCUCAUCCGGCAAACUGACGCACACCAGUGACGUAUGCUGUAAAAGUUUUCUUGGGAACAGCCACCUGACGCACCACAAGCGCAUUCACACGGGCGAAAGACCCUUCAAAUGUGAUUACUGUGGAAAAAAUUUCGUCAAGAUUUUGGACUUCAAAACUCAUAUCCGAUUACACUCCGGCGAACGGCCAUACAAGUGCGAUCUUUGCGGUGAGGGAUUCCGAAGAAAUUAUCAAUUAACUCAUCACACAAGUGUUCACACCAAUUUGAAGCCGCAUAAAUGUGACGUGUGUGGCAAAGAAUUUAUAAAAAAUGGAAGCCUUACACUGCACAAACGAAUUCACUCGAAUGAAAUACAGUUCGAAUGUGAUUUUUGUGGUAAACAUUUCAUAGAUCGAGGUAAUCUGACACGGCAUAGACGCAUCCACACCGGAGAACGUCUGUUUAAAUGUGACUUCUGUGAUAAAUCGUUCACUGGCAGUAGUUGCUUGAAAAAGCACCGACAAAUUCACACGGGUGAAAAAUCGUACAAAUGUGACGAGUGUGGCAAAGAAUUUAUACUGUGUGGAAGUUUGAAAAAACACUUGCGCAUUCAUACUGGAGAACGGCCGUACAAAUGUGAUUUCUGUGAAAAAACGUUCACCAAUACCAGCAACCUCACACGUCACGUACGAAUACAUACCGGUUAUAAACCAUACAAAUGUGACUUCUGCGACAAGGAGUUUAUCGCCAGUUCAACAAUGAAGAAUCAUCGACGCACCCACACCGGUGAAAAGGCUCACCGAUGCACCGUAUGCGGCCGGGAUUUUAUUACAAGCAGUAAUCUAGCGCAGCAUAUGUACACUCAUACCGGUGAGCGUCCACAUAAAUGUGACGUGUGUGGCAAAGGAUUCUAUCGAAGCAACCAGCUUGAUCAACACCUGAUGCGAGCCCACCAACAGCAGAUAAACUAGAUACCACGAAUACUUGAAAUACAAGUACUGUUUGAUAUGGAUUAAAAAUGUUUUUUUUUUUUGUUAAAUUAGACUGUAUAUAACUUCCAA